AAUCUCGUGUGUUAGUAGAUACUCGCCAGUCAACAGUUAAUUGUCGAACUCGAUCAUCAAUUGGAUUUAGUCAGUUUGCAUCGACCAGGCAUACGAAGUGCACGCAUUACGGUAUUUAUGAAGAUGGCGGCCAUCACAUCUACACCAAUAAACAGAAUUACUCGCGACAAUUUAACAGUGCUCAUCAGGAAUAACAGGUUGAACGAGUCCUUUGAAUUUGCUUCGGAUACUGAUAAGAUGGAAACUGAUUCUCCUGUCCGAACACCUCUAAAUCUAAAGCCGAUAAGCAAAAAGCUGUUCCAUUCACCAGUCGAGGACAUUAGUCCACAGAGACUAGAGUUUGCUUCUGGGAACGAGCGAAGAAAGCAGCUAAAACGAAAAUUAAGAAGAAGAAGCCUUAUCCCGGAUGAUGAAGUGAAAAUCAAGAUGGCGUACGUUGAGGAAUGCAAUAGAGAGGGCUAUAGCCCAGAACCGUACGGAGGAAUGAGAAAGAGGGUGUUGAUCAGUUUGUUUCACAAUAAAGAGUAUAGUAUGGAUUGCUGUGAUUAGUAUAAAUAUAAUAAUAAUUCUAAUUGAUCUAAUAAUUAAAUAGUUAUGUUAUUAUAACUUCAAUUAUAUGUACAACACGAUCAAAAAAAUAUAUAAAAGAAGAGAAAUAAUUACUGUCUUCCAGAUUAAAUUUAAUUAUAAGUACCGAAUCUAUAAUAGAUUAGUUUUAAGGAAAGUAUAUUUAAGGUAAUAUUAAGAUCCACUUCGAUUGGUUUAUGAAAUAAUACGAGUAUAUUGCAAUAGAGGAGAACGACGAGACUGUAAAGAAAUAAUUAGAUUAAAAUGUAAUGAAAUGAAUAAA